UCACUUACAGUUGGGUUAGGUUACGUGUGACAGUGCUGCUGCUAACGCUGUUUAAUUCAUUUGCCUGGCAGGAAUUUGUUUUAUAGCUGCAUGCAAAGCUAAAACGAAGUGCUGCUACCGCCACCUUCUUUCUACCUGUUUUGCCGUUAUGAUUGCAACUAUGCGGGCAAUUCAAAUUAUGACACGCAGCUUCUGCGAAACGUGCUUGCUUCUAGUGAUAGUCAUGAGCGACUUAACUAAUGGCGGCGUUUCGGGACCUCUAGAUACAUAUAAUGAUUUUGAGGAAAUAUCCACGACAACCACUACAACCUUCCCGCCGUACACACAUCCCCAAUGGAUUGAACCGUAUUUUGAUCCUACAACGCCGCGCAAUGUUACGGCUUUAAUGGGCAAGUCGGCGUAUCUGAGUUGUCGUGUUCGUAAUUUGGGAAAUAAAACAGUCUCUUGGAUAAGACAUCGUGAUAUUCAUAUUUUAACUGUCGGCUCGUAUACGUACACAUCAGAUUUACGUUUUCAGGCAACACAUCAUCACGAUUCGGAUGAUUGGACAUUGCAAAUCAAAUGGACGCAAAAACGUGAUGCUGGCAUGUAUGAAUGUCAAAUAUCCACCCAGCCUGUUAGAAGUUAUUUUGUGAAUCUUAAUGUUGUGGUGCCAACGGCAACCAUCCUUGGUGGACCUGACCUUCAUGUUGACAAAGGCAGCACAAUAAAUCUAACAUGUACAGUUAAAUUUAGCCCGGAACCACCAGCCUACAUAUUUUGGUAUCAUCACGAGGAGGUCAUUAAUUAUGAUUCAUCGAGAGGCGGCGUAUCAGUUAUAACGGAGAAGAGUGAUGUAACAAUAUCAUUUCUGCUGAUACAAAAUGCCGAUUUAGCCGAUUCUGGUAAAUAUUCAUGUGCACCUUCAAAUGCAGAUGUUGCCAGUGUACGUGUACAUGUUCUUAAUGGUAAACAUGGUAAACAACUACGCUAG